GAGGCAAAUGGGAGGAGCUACAAGUGCAGGGCUGAGCAGCAGCAGAGAGGACGCCUACCAUUUGUCUUACACACUGAGAAGAGAACUUCUAAUACUGGUACUGACUCCACUAGAGCUAGAUAGUCAGUACAUGAGCCUUGAAAGAAUCUUAAAAGACAGCCAACACUGAAAAAGAAGACCCAAAGAGGAAUUCCACAAGCUUGAAAACAGUCACAACUAAAGGCAUAGAAGAAACUGGUUUGGCAGGAUUUGUCUGAUUUGCUUACAGGGUACGUUGGAUCUUUUACAUAAAUCCCUCUGUUGGAGCAGAACUUUGCAGUUUUGUUUUUGCUUACUUCCUGGAACUUACCUGCUCAAAUGGCAAACACCAGUGCAUCCAGUGGUUAUCAACUUAUUGAAGACUGUGAAGCUACAAACAAGGGGCUGUACAAGUUUUAUGCAGCUGUCAUGAUUUUGAUUUUUAUCUUGGCGUUGCCUUUGAAUGGAUCGGUCCUGCAUCUCUUCAUAUUCAAACUAAAGUUCUGGAAAUCCAACACCAACAAUAUCUUCCUUUUCAACUUAGUGUUGGCAGAUGUUCUCCUGCUCUUCUGCUUACCAAUCAAGGCACAUAACUUCAUCAGUGGAGAUAGGAGGAGCAACAAUGAUGUUGUGUGCAAAGCAAUGCUCUUCAUGCUGUUUUUAAAUCGCGGGGCCAGUAUUGCUUUCCUGACUGUGACUUCCAUUGAUCGAUAUUUUAAUGUGGUACACCCUGGUCGGAAGAAUCUUUUGAGAGUACUCAAGAAAUCUCCUCAAAUAUCGAUCCUCAUCUGGCUGCUGCUUCUGCCUCUCACCAUCCCCACCAUGCUGAAGAACUUUGAAUGCUGCAACAGCCACAAGACUGAGGACAAAGAUGAUACUCUAAUUAAGGAUGUCGUGGACAGCUUUAGAGAGGCAGUGUUUUUUACGCAAAUCAUCAUCCCCUUUUUCAUCCUGGUCUACUGCACAGUGCACAUUGUCAACCGGCUGAGGAAAAAGACAGUUGGGGACAAGACCAAACUGAAGAGAGCGGUGUUUCUCGUCACCACCGUGAUGGUGGUCUUCUCGCUCUGCUUCCUGCCCUGCACCAUAGCCAGGAUGGUUCUACUGAUCGUUCGGGUCCAGGAGCUGGGUGAAUCGAUCCAGGACAAGGCUGCCGUGGCCUUUGAUGGCCUAAUGGUCCUCUCCUAUAUGGACUGUCUUCUUGAUCCACUGGUGUACUGCUUCUGUAGCACCAAGUUUAAAGCAAUUUAUCUCUCCAACUACUUUCCUUUCUUGGUGAACAAAGGUCCACUGCAGAUAGACAGCUCAACGGGGAACAUGCCAGAAAGUGCAACGAACACAGCGAACACAAACUUGAGACAUGUUAUCUGAAGUUUGGGAGACUCGGUGCUAUUCGAGGACAGGGUCCCCACCCAACUGUUGUACAGACUGUGGGUUCGCUCUCAAGAAACCUCUGGCUUUGGCACGAGUGGCUCUUUACGUCAUGAAAAGCAACAUUGAAAGUACAGCACUCUGUGAAGCAAGGAAGACAACGCUUAUUUAACUUUAUAUUGUUUUUUCAUUUUAUUUCAGGCCAUAGUAAGAUAAUAUAAAUAAGAAUGUGUUUCUCCAGAUAUUUGUCAGCCUUGUAAAUAUUUCUUUUUUUUUUUUCAUGAAAAUGCCUCUGAGAUAUGCACAUCUGUUUUUCUUUUUGUCUUGGAUGGGAGGAUGAAUUUCAAAACGGCUUUCUGGAGCAGGGAUCAUUCCUGAUCUUUAAAAUCAUACCAUUUCUACAGAACUUUUAUUUAAGCUUUCACUGGCAAGCAUUAAUAUUUCACGUGACCUACGAGGGCUCAGACACUGUUAAAUAUUAUACAUAAACCUUUUAUACCUAAACACAUUUUUUUAAGUGAUCCACAUUGACAGUUUUCUAACAGAGUGAUGAAGUAGUCACUAGAGGGAGUUCCUCAGUCAUGGCAGCACAAGCUAGUGACCUCCAGGGGGACAGUUGCUUGGUAGCUGGCACUGUUGGCUCUGCAGUGAGGGAUCUGGUUCGUAUCCCUGUAGGGGCCUUUCUGUGAAGAGUCGGCAUGUUUCUCCAUGUACUCAAGCUCCUUGUGUCCAUGUUAUUCAUUGUGAGUUGAUUUGUAAUAAAAUGACAACAAACUGUGUUUCUUUGCUUAAUGAGU